AUGGUCGUGUUUUCAGUUGCUUCCAUACAAAAUGACAGCGUCUCCAGUACUUCAUCGAUCCUUUCAACACAACAACCAACAACAGCAUCACCAUCAUCAACAACAACAGCAGCAGAGGUGACCAUAAACGAUGACGGGACCGACACACCUACUAAGGUAUCUUUGCCUUCUACUGACACAGCAGCGACAGUGACGACACCCCCUGCUACAACGUCUCGGAGUAAAGAUGACGGAGGACCCGGCAUGAUCUACAUAGUUGUUGGUUCAUCCCUUGCUUCAUCCUUCAUCCUCAUCACUCUGGCAGCUGUGUGUCUGGUCAGACGGAACAGUGAGUAUACUUCAGUCGUAUCUUAAACACGAUCAAAUGGAGUUCAGAUAUAAAUAUACUC